UCGCCGGUACUAUUAGUAGCGUUUGCUUUUGUGAUGCAAAAAAGGGCACAUAAAGUUGGCUGCUAACUAGCGAUAUGAAUAAUAUAGCGUUUCUGCACCGUUAGAAUGUUUCUCACAGGUUUUGUGCCAAUUUCGGUCGGUCGGUACUGGUGGUUACUAAUUUUCUCACUGCAUUCAAUCGGCCAUCCCCGAACACAUCCCCGCUACACUGUUUGGUGGCAUUUUUCAUCAGACCUUCAAGGUGCGGUCCACCUUCAGCCGUGCCUAUUGUGCAAUUUGAUUUGAAGAAAUCAAUCUCCAACAAACACUCACGCCAAGUCAAUUCCGGGCCAGUGUGAUUCGAUGCCUUUUUUUUUACUCUGUUUUCACGUUUCAGAGGAUGUGAGAGCGAAUCGGUCGGACAGAAACGCUGCAACAGCGCAGCAAAAUCAAUUUACUAUUGCAACAAUUUUCAUGCAUCGGUUGAUUGAACACAUUGUGCUAGAUAGGUUUUGUCGUCUGCACAGCGUUGAAGUCACCAGCGGCGUAGGUGACCGGUUUUGGACCAACAUCAUGUAUAAGUACAUCAUGCAAAUGGGCCGCAAAAAUUACGCAAAUGUUUUGGUUAAGCCCCAAAAUGGGAAGGUGUUGAAGGAAAGAAAAAGAAAUACAACAACCAAAAAAGCUCUCUCCAUCUUUCCCCGAAUUCAGUAUGGCCGGAAAAAAGGGCUUGCACUCCCUCCUGGAAUGGAGCAGUUUUGUCAAAUUCAGUGUAUAAAAGACACUUGUAGGCGGUAAUAUGUCAGUAGCUCAGUGCCAGCGAACGAUCGUGUUUGGUGGUUGGUUUGUGCAAGUGAUAAAGUGAGGUGCACGCAAAAAGCCAAAAUGGUGCAUAAAGCAACAUUAUGCUUGCUGCUGGUGAUAAGCUGUGUGGUGCUGCUGGCACAGGCCAGACCGAACGGCAAGGAGUGGAAGCACGGUGGUGGCAAGGAUCACCACUCGGAGGAACAUUCGUCGCACGGUGAAAAGGGUGAAAAGGGAUACAAGAAAAAGGAGGAACAUGACGAGGGCAAGAAGGGCCACCACGAUAAGGAGGGCCACAAGAAGGAAUACCACGAUGAGGGUGGACACAAGAAGAAGCACCACGACGAAGGUGGCUAUCAUCAUGAGAGCAAGAAGGGCGAGAAGGGCGAAAAGGGGCACAAGUUCGAGGAGAGCGGUCACUUCAAGAAGGGACACUCGACCAAGGGCCAUCACGAGAUCCACAAAAAGGACGAGUUUAAGAAGGAGAAAAAGUUCUUCGACGAGGAUCACGACGAAGGGUUCGACGAGAAGCAUGGCGAUUUCCACGAGGAGCAUGGCUACAAGAAGGGUGGCUCGGAGAAGGGCGGCCACAAGAAGGCCGGCAAGCAUCAUGACCAUUACGGCAAGAAGGGCCACAAGAAGAAGGGCUCGCACCAUCACGAUCACAAGGGUCACAAGGAGGAGCAUGGACACGAUAAGCACUGGAGCCACAAGGAAGACUUUGGCAAGAAGGGUGGCAAGGAUCAUCACAAGAAGUGGGGUCACAAGAAGGGUGGCCACUAAGGGGGGCGAAGAAUUUUGAUUGCUGUGUGCGUCUGUGCCAGUGUGACUGAGAGGCUCCGUAGUUGCGUAGUGUUUCAUAUGCAAACGAUCAAUGUUGAUGUGUAAUGUUUGAAACCGUUUGAAAAAUGGGAGAAAUACAACCGAAAACAGUACAGUAUCGUUAACCAUUCAAAGAUAUUUUGUAUAUAUUUCUCUCUCUCUCACACUCUAUCUCUUGCAAAGAUCAGAAAAUAUCGAUUCCAUCAUAAGGCACGGAUCAAUGGUUUCAUAAUUGAUUCACCCGUGACUCAACAGUAUGCGCAGAAUUUUCAAAUUAAAGAACCGCACAAAACAACAAGCGUAGAAUAAAAUUGGUUCUACACCGUUAUGAAGGCCAGAGCGUGGGGAUGAUUCCCGGUACCGGUUCACGAGAUGUAGAAUAUUAAUUUCACGCAUCGGUGCUUGAUCCGAUUGGUUUGUUAUAAGGAAUAUGAAGAGUUUUCCCUACUAUCUUAAAAUAUUUGAAGUACUGUCCAUGUCCACGUUCAACAUAUACUCACA